AUGUCAUACCUUCGUGACCCCGGGGUAGGCUGUUCGGAACGCCAUAGAAACGACAAGGACUCUCUCGCAUGCUCAGGACCAUCCGUCAGCAGUCGUCUUGGAUCAAGCUCGAAUCUGUUAUUGUCGUCGAUUAUAAUAAAUCCGCUGGGAUGGGUUGAGGAUAGCUUCAACGCAUAUCGAGAUGGCCUCUCAAAAGAAGAACGGAAGGACCGAAUGGACCGGGAAAAUCGCAAGCAGGUGAUAUACCUGAAGAUGCGCAAUGCUAUGUCGUACGACGAAUGGAGAGAUUGCGCCUACGAACUAGACGAGCUGGAGGACCAUAACGCUUGGAAGAAGACCUUUGAAUGCUCCGAUUACAACCCCGAUCAGGUUCAAGAACGGUUGAACCAGCUUGAAGACGCCCGGAUCAGUUGCGAUGUGGGCCGAAUGUUGUUUCUGAUUCGCACCUCGUUGAACCGUGACUUGGGUGGCAUGAGCAACGCCUCUCUAUACAGACACUCGCACGUUGGUACCAAGGAUUUGAUCGACCGGUACAUUACCACUACUGUCGACACGAUAGAUGCUUUGGUGAAUCUUUCGGAACAGAACCGUGACGAAGCGGAACUCAAAUACAUACUCGACCAGCUACUGGCGACAAGGCAGGCCUUUGGCAGAAGUGCCUUGCUUUUCUCGGGUGGAGCUACCUUUGGAAUGAACCAUAUUGGGGUACUCAAGGUCCUGUGGGAGAAGAACUUGCUACCACGCAUUAUUUCGGGAGCGUCAGCUGGGAGUAUUAUCUGCGCUGUGUUCUGCACACGUACGGAUGAUGAGCUACCAAUCCUCUUGGAUACAUAUGCGUACGGUGACUUCAACGUGUUCAACGAGCAAGCAAAUGAAGAGAAUAUCUUGCAGAAGACGGCACGGUUCUUGAAAUACGGCUCGUUUUUGGACAUCUCCCAUUUGGCCAAGGUCAUGAGAAACUGGCUAGGGGAUAUUACAUUCCAAGAGGCUUACAACAGGACACGGAGAAUACUUAAUAUUUGCGUCUCUAGCGCCGGGGUCUACGAACUGCCACGAUUGAUGAACUAUUUAACUGCGCCUAAUGUGCUCAUUUGGUCGGCUGUGGCUGUAUCCUGUUCCGUUCCUCUUGUCUUUAGACCGUUUGUUCUCAUGGCCAAGGAUCCCAUUACCGAAGAACCUGUGCCUUGGAAUGAUCUUCACAAACAAUAUAUUGACGGCUCUGUGGACGGCGAUUUGCCCAUGACCCGCUUGUCGGAGACAUUCAAUGUCAACCACUUUAUCGUGUCGCAAGUAAAUCCACAUGUGGUCCCUUUUCUUCCCAAGGAUGAGGGGCCUAAUGAUUAUACGGGCCCCGACUCGAAAUCGUCCCCUGGAUGGUUGCAUACCAUAACAAACCUUGCCAAAGAGGAGGUUCUUCAUCGCAUGGCUGUCUUGUCGGACUUGGGCGUGUUUCCCACUUCGUUGACCAAGAUCGCCUCCAUCAUGAACCAAAAGUAUUUUGGCGACAUCACCAUAUACCCGGAAAUACAGUACUCAGACAUCCGGCGAGCGCUCACUAACCCGACAACCGAAUUCAUGCUCCAGUCAUGCAUAAAUGGGGAGCGAGCGGCCUGGCCCAAAAUGGGGCGCGUCAGGAACCACGUUGCGAUUGAACUGGCCCUCGAUUCAGCAGUCCAGAAGAUGCGCGCAAGGGUCGCACUAAGCAAUAACCCUCUCGACAUGAGGAAGCUUACCCGGCAUUCAACAGAUCCCUUUGAUAGUAGCGGAGACCACGGAAACGUACACCACCACCCAAGGCGAAACUCCUUUAGCCACGAAGUCGAACCGACCAAGCGAGUCCGAUGCAAUUCGUCGAGUCGUCGGUUGAAGAGGUCCCAAAGUGUUGUGUCUUUCGAACAACCCGUUCGUGCCCGGACCACUCAUUCGGAAUCUGCCAUACAAGAUUGGGACGACAUUCACGAGACUACUCUAGCAAGAUCUGGUGAUGGUCCAUCUAUAUCGCGAACUAGCAGCAGGCGACCUAAUCCUCCAAGCCGUCGCGCGUCUUGGGGGGCAUUAUCCGGCACUGCGUCUGUUAGCUCCAGCCAGCAUAUUCGACCUCGCUCUCGACGAUCUUCUAGCAGCUCUUCUUCAUGGCAAUCCGUUCACUCAGAUGAACCCACAUCCUCACAGGCACAUUCAUGGCCUAAUCCUAUGUCACCUCUACGCGGCCUGCUGAAAAUGACACCCAAGACCAGCGACGGCUACUUCGAUUCGUUGCGGUAG